AUGCCACCACCACCUCCACCGCCACCACCACCUCCGCCACCACCACCACCGCUACCACCUUCGUCGGCACCACCGGCAACAGGUGAUGGAGAUCGAGCAGGUCUUCUAAAUGCAAUUGGUGGUUUCAACAAGGGUGGUCUGAAAAAAGCCGUGACUAAUGAUCGAAGUGCUCCGCUGGUUGGAAAUUCCACCAAUAAGACCAAUCCUUCUACUUCUGUGCCAAGUUCAACUGCAAAUCGAUCAAAUGCAAAUGAAAGACCUAAUACUGCUCCUGUAGCCAGUCCAUUUGGUAUCACACCAGAUCAGCUUAGUAGAGCUCUGAAACCGACUGGUGGUAGUAGUGGAUCGACAGUCAAAGCUCUAAAAACUGAAAAACCAUCGGUUCCACAAUUUGUUCCUCCUGUCAUUCCGCAAUCAUCGCCACAAGCAAAACCAACAGUUGUCAAAUCAUUUCAGCCAACAGCAACUUCUCCUCCUUCUUCUCCUCCUCCUCCUCCACCUCCACCACCUCCUCCUCCUCCACCACCACAGCAAGUACAACAAUCAGUUGUCCAACAAUCUCAAUCACCAAUAUCUUCAUCUAAUAUAUCUCGAACUGGAAUUGAUGGAGGAGCUUCAACAAGACAUUUCAUUCAUCACGCUCCGCCAAUUCCAGCAGCUCAACCACCAAAGCUUCCUCCACGGCAAGCUCCUCCACCGCCACCAGCACAACCGUCGUCGUCAUCGUCGAUAUCAGUAUUAUCUAAUGAAAACAAACCGAAAACUGGACAUCAUUCACAAAACUUUUCAUCUUCAACAGGUCCACAAUCAAAUAUCACACGUGUACCAUUACCACCGCCUCCUCCUCCUUCAAAUCCAUCUUCUACAUUACAUAAUAAUGGCCAUGCACCAGCUGUAACACUUAAUCCAGAUCAUGUUGCAAAAUUUAAUACGAUGAUGAAUCAAAAUGGCCCUCAUGCUUUCAAUCCAUCUCCACCACCACCACUACCUCCACCUAGAGGUACGGUGUCAAAUAAUCCUGGAGGUACAGUACGUCGACCAUCACAACCAGUAUCCGACUUUAUUGAUAAUACACCUUCUGAACGUCGUUUUGAUCAAUGGAAUACAGCAGCACUUGAUUAUGAUCGUGAUUUCGAAAAUCGUUUUCGAUUUACUCCAAUUGAACAUCUUCCACCACCUGCACAAUGGAAAUCAUCAUCAACUAAACCAUCGAAAAAUGCAAAUUUGCACUAA